GUGGGUUGAUGUGAGCACAGCAGUAGGUGAAGCAGAGGAAGAAUAUAACAGGAGAAGAGGAGAGUGUGAACAGAGCAGAAGGUGAAGCAGAGGAAGAACAUCAUAGAAGAGAAGAGGAGAGUUUGCAAUAUAUCAAUGGCAGAAAUAGGAGAAGGGGAAGAAGUGAAGCUGCUGGGAGUAUGGUUCAGCCCAUUCGUGAGCAGGGUGAAAUGGGCGUUGAAGAUGAAGGGCAUCCAGUACGAGUACCUGGAGGAUGACCUCGCCAACAAGAGCCCACUCCUCCUCCAAUCCAACCCCUUUUACCGCAAAGUCCCCGUCCUGCUUCACCACGCCAAACCCAUCGCCGAAUCCAUCAUCAUCCUCGAAUAUAUCGACCAGAUCUGGCGGUCCAACCCUAUCCUGCCGCCGGAGCCCCAUCAGAGAGCCUUGGCUCGAUUCUGGGCCAAGUUUGCUGAAGAUAAGUUCACAGAAGUGGUGAGGAGAGUGCUACUUGUGGAUGGGGAAGAGAAAAAGCGAGCAGAGAAGGAAGCACAGGAAGCCCUAGCGGUGCUAGAAGGAGAGCUCAAGAGCAAGGGCAGCAAGUUCUUUGGAGGGGAAGCAAUUGGGCUGGUGGACCUUGUCAUGGGAUGGAUUGCCAUAUGGCUCGAACCCAUUGAGCAAGUGUCCGGUGCCAAAGUGUUUGACCCAGAGAAGUUUCCCUCUUUGAAAGCUUGGAUGGAAGCUUUCGUGGAGUUGCCUCUCAUCCAAGAUUGCUCCCCAUCAAAGGCUAGCCUGGUUCCAGCCCUCCAACAAGUCCGCGACAUUGCUUUGGCUAGGUCUAAGAAGGCACACUGAAAUCCCUUUUGCCAAGAAAGUUUAAUGUAGUAGUUCUAAUUAAGUUGAAAUUUGUGAGAUUACGCAACUCUCUGGAUUUGCCUGCGGAAUUUUUGUGCUCUUUAUUAUUACCAAAUUGUUGGAUCACCCAAAUGAGGAGCUAUUAGCCCCUAAUGAUUUGAUCUAGCAAGGGUUCAAAUCUCUUUAAAAACAUAUAUUACAUACAAA